AUGGUUACUGUCUUCAAUGAUUUGCCUGAUCUAUCGUUGAUAGAAAUAUUUUCUUAUUUAUCUUGUGAAGAUGCUUUAUGGUGUUUCAAUAAUUUCAAUAUUCGCCUGACAAAGUUAUUAAUUGAAAGAGGUUUUUAUUGUCAUGUUAAUUUAUCAUCAACGCGAUAUCAUCGAUUCAAAACACUUUUAUCUUUACUUCGAUUUAAUGAAAUUCAAUCACUUAUCAUUGAUUGCUAUUCAUCACCUCUUCAAUUAAAAUCUUGGCCUUAUUUACCACAUUUAAGAAUAUUAAAAGUAAAGGGUGUACGAGACUUUGUUGAUGUUUAUAAUUUCGUACGACAACAUGCCACUACAUUAAUUUAUUUGACAGUUGAAUCAAGUCGAUAUUUUGAAACAUGUGGUAUAGGUAAAAAAUUGUGUUAUCCAUCAUGGAAUUUAUGUGAAUUCAUCAAUAAAAUUCUGAAUCAUCCGUGUGCUCUUCGUUCACUUGAUUUAGGAAUGGAAUCUUCUUUUUUCUUACAUCAUUGGCCUUUUAAAACAAUACAAAUACCUUUACUUUAUUUGUCUAUUACAUCGAUAUAA